AUGACGAGGCUGCAAGGGGCGUCGCACGGCGAAUCCUCAGAAAGGACCGCCUACCACUAUGCACGCCUGCCACCAGGAGCGCCGGAGGUGAUCUCGAAGCAUACGGUGAACGUUACUGAUCCGACGCGGGUGCUCUCGUGGGCCAAAGAAGAGCGGCAGAGGACUUUCAAUCAUCUCGUCAAGAGGUACAAAGCCCAGUUGCUCUAUGGCUGCCAGGAGCCGAACUGUAUGACCCCUACGUGUCUAAGCUUCCGUCGUCGAAACACCAAAGCGCCGUUGCGCAGAUUCACCGACCUAAGUGCCAGAACCGUUGCAUGCUAUCUGGCGAGCCAAGAUGACGCGGAGACAGGACUUUGCCGUCAUCCGUCCGCGGCGAUUUCGAAUUCUUUGACUCCGGACAUCGAGCGAAGAGCUCGACACGCAGAGCUCCUCAGUACCACCGAAUCCAGCCAUUCUCACCCAAUCACAAGGGGGCAUAGUGUGUCAGAAAAUAGGCCGAGGAGGCCGUCAAAUUUGCCUCCAGUUCUGCCAGAUGCUGAGCAUGGAGCUCCAGAAGGUGGUCCGAAGACCAGGAAAGACCCAAAGUCAUUUACGCAGAACCUCUUUGACACGCUGUCGCUGCGUAUGGUGGAGUGGCUACCGCUCAAACGGACAUCAUUUUAUGGCUCUAGGCCCGAGGAGGAGUCAAAUGUAACCUCUGCUAUCACACGGCUGGAAAGCCGUAGACCAGGCAUGAAGCAUCAUUCGACCAGCUCAACGUCUUGUGAUACUGGAGAUACUGACUCGAAGUCCUAUCCUUUAUCUAACCAGUCCUCUCCAUCAUCGAAUCACACUCCAUCAACCAUAGAGGUCAAAGUGCCCGGUCACCCCGUAAAACGCCUAUCCCUCGAGCCACUUGAGCCAUGGAAACAACCCCAGCGCCCCAUGGCAGACGAUCGUUCGAAAACUCAGCGGAAAAGAUCCAAGAAAGUCUCUGUCAACAAUACACCUACCACGACGGUUAAUCCAUCCCAGCCUCUCCCUUCCCCGCCCGCCUUGAAACACAGAUCCCAGAAGCAUCGCCGCAUGACGGACGGUACCUCAAAAUCUAACGCACACGUUUCAUGGGGCGACCAGGACACCGUACGAUGGCCAAGGCCGGAAUCAAAUGGGGAUUCGCCCACAGAGCCUAGAAUAGACACAUACUUCCCCCUUGAACGUCAGGGAGUGGUUUCAAAGGUCCAAGAAAAGGAGAUCGACGACUCCCCGGCUGUACAAAGUCUCUCCCUGCUGUCAAAGGAGAUUGUUGACUUGCUGGAGAAGAUAAUGUUCGAGACAGAGGAUGAUGAAGAAACAUGGAAACCCGAAGUGGCCCAGCUAGAGUCCCGUGGUUACUCUGAGCCAUGGGACUGGCAGUAUGCUACGCAUCGACAAAGGACGGCAUAUCCAUUUAUUGCUCAGAGUAUAUUCUAUGUUUUGAGCAACCCCCAACAAUUACUACUUUCCUUCCGAGAUGGCUCCAUCAAUACGCCGGCGUCCUCCCGCUUAGACAUUCAUUCGCUUGAAGACACCUUUAGAAAAUUGCACCGCAUCUGCCCCUGGGAAACAACCAUGCACAGCCUCUGGCUCUGCAUGGAAAAACUAUUCAUCCCCCCAGUAGAACUCUCUCUCCCAAAACUUCAGCGCCGUCCGCCAAAAAUGCUAAAUAUAGCAUACCCUCCCUCUCCCAGGUUCGAAUCGCCACAGAAAAAUGAAUACAUCCCGGACUCAGACGCUGCGUAUAUUGCAGUUGUCGCGAUGCUUGCUUUAUCCAGUGCCAUUCCCCGUACAGACGCGCGUACUUGGGAGGUCAUUCGCCAGGUUAGGUCAUCAGGAUCGGUAAUGCCAGACACCGUGAUGCGAAAGCUCUCCAAGUCGGAAUCUAAGGUCAUAAUUGAAGCCUCUGAUAGACUCGAGCACGACCUAAGCCUACGCCUCCUGAACAGGUUGGUACGCGUUGUUUCGACCCGGCUUGCUCUCCAUGAGGUCGCUAAGGCGAAAGCAUCACACAUCGCUGACCUAGGGAGUAAUGAUAAAUGUGAACUCAUAGAGCAAAUUAUAUCGACUCUCCAACAGUCUCAGAAGGCCAUAUCCAGCGGUUAUCAUAGCAGUGAUGCAUGGCCCGCUGAAAGGAAAACCACUGCCCCUAUCUUGAUUGUAGAAUGGCUAAGAAGUGUUCUGCUUAAAGAGUGGGAUGGUAAGCCAGAGUUGUCGAAAGCAAGCGCUGCAGGUGGCGCGCUUCAGCUACUCAGUUUUCUCUAUAGAGACCGAGUGAAGCUUGGCUUACUCCCGGAGGAUUUCCAUACGCCUUUCUUUUCGGAAAGACUAGACCCCCUCGAGAUGCCGACUGAGUGGGUAGAGUUGCUUUAUAACAACCGAACGAUGCAUUUGCUCUCCUGCUCCUUUAUAUUUCCUCCAUCAGCCUUGGUUAUAUAUUUCCGAGCGAUAAACCAUGCAACGAUGUCGAAGUCAUUUGAGGCUGCUGUGAUAGCGUCCAAGCAUGUCACGGCGAUGGCCUUUUCCGGUACCGUCUCUAUAGAUGAUGAUAUAGCUCUGCUUGCACGAAUGAGAACCGCACUUACGACGUUCCUCGUUAUUAGCGUUCGACGAGAGCAUGCCCUGGUAGAUGCCCUGGACCAGCUGUGGAGACGUGAAAGGCGGGAAUUGCUGCGGCCCUUGAAGGUUCGGAUGGGCAUGGAUGACGGUGAAGAGGGCGUUGAUCAGGGUGGUGUUCAACAGGAAUUCUUUAGGAUGGUGAUAUCAGAAGCUCUAGAUCCGGCAUUUGGAAUGUUCACAGUCGACAGUCGAAGCGGCAUGUAUUAUUUCCAGCCUUGUUCCUUCGAGCCACUCUAUAAGUUCGAGCUUUUAGGCCUCCUCGUCUCUCUUGCGCUUUAUAACGGUGUGACUCUUCCGGUCGACUUCCCAAUCGCACUUUAUCGAAGACUUCUUGGCCUCAAAGUGAAAACUACCGAUCACAUUCGUGUUGGUUGGCCCGAACUUGCCAAGGGACUAGAUGACUUGUUGGCUUGGGAGGAUGGAGACGUGGGGGAUGUCUUUAUGAGGACGUACGAGUUUAGUUUCAACGCAUUCGGAACUGUUGUUACAGUUGACAUGGAAAGGACGGAUCGAAAUGAACCCUGGCCUGCGCCAGAGAGGCAUGCACAGUGGGAGAAAACGAAACAGAAACUAUACGACCAGCGAAUUGCCACUAAGAGAUUAAGCAGCCACGACUCUUCUGACGGGAAUAGCAAUAUCUCCAUGUUACAGGAAUAUUCUUGGGAUUCUCGACAGCCUCCGAGAGAUACACAUGUCAUUGGCAUCCUAAAGGGUGCUCCGUCGAGGCUACCGAAACAUCAAGUGUCCACAGAGCCACAACCCGAAGCAUCCGUUGUGACCAACGACAAUCGGAAACAGUUCGUUAAAGACUACAUAUUCUGGCUAACGGAUAAAUCCGUUCGUCCACAAUAUGAGGCGUUUCAACGUGGCUUCUUUACCUGUAUUGAUCGUACAGCUUUGUCCAUCUUUAACCCUGAAGCACUUAAAACCGUCCUCGAAGGGAUUCAAGAUAUUGACCUUUCCGAACUCCAGAAACACGCUCGAUACGAGGGUGGUUGGGAUGCUACUCACCCACUGAUCAAAGGCUUUUGGCACAUUGUGAUGCAGUACUCCCAUGAAAAGAGAGGCCAGCUGUUAGAGUUUGUCACUGCGAGCGAUCGAAUUCCAGUUAAUGGGAUACCCAGCAUCAUGUUUGUCAUCCAACGAAAUGGUGUAGGGGAUAGCACUGCUAUUGCCGGAGUAUUCUUCCACGGCAGUACUUGA